GUCCAUUUUUGUAUAAAUCGAUGUCCACUGCGAAAAAAAAAAUCCUCCAUCCAUCAACCACCAUGCACUUCACAAGGAACAUUCAUAUAUUUCUCUUCUUAUUUGUGUUAGCAAUCACAAAAUCUUCAUCUGAACAAUCAAACACCACCAGCGAUGUGAUCACCAUCACAAAAGCCGCAAGCGUAGCCAAACCCGGCUGCCAAAGCCAAUGCGGAAACGUAACCAUUCCAUACCCGUUUGGCAUCGGUCCGGGCUGCUUUCUAAGUGAAUGGUUCGAAACCACGUGCAACACGAGUGUUAAUCCUCCCAGAACCCAGAUCGGUAAUCUAACAAUCCUAGAAUUCACCGAUUACACUUUCCGAAUGCCCAACAAUGUUGCAAGCCAAUGUUAUGAUUCGUCGGGAAACAUCAUCGAGGACAAUCCAGCCUACACAAGACUAGGCUGGACAUCACCCUUUUCAUUUUCACAAAGAAACCAGUUCACUCUACUGGGGUGUGAUUCCUUUUCCCUUAUUUUCGAACCUAAACUGCUUAACUUGACGAGCGGCUGCAUUGCACUGUGUUCCACUUCCGAGGAAGUGGUCAACGGGUCGUGUUCGGGUGUCGGGUGCUGUCAAACAUCGAUCCCAAAGGCACUCAAGUUUUACUACACGUCUAUUACUAGUUUGACCAAUAGAAACCACACUACCAUCUGGUCUUUUGAUCCUUGUUCCUACUCGUUUUUGGGUGAGCAAGAACGGUUUACAUUUCGUGGGGUGUCAGAUUUUAUGGACCCCAAUUUCAGGAACCGGACCAUGGCUAGUGUUCCCAUGUUGGUUGAUUGGGUGGUUGGGAACUUGAGCUGUAGUGAGGCUAGGAGUGCUGGUGUGUUGGCUUGUCAAGCGAACAGCAAGUGUGUCGAUUCAGAUACUGGAGUUCCAGGAUACAGAUGUAUUUGCAAUAAUGGUUAUCAGGGCCAGCCUUAUCUUGAGCCAGGUUGCCAAGACAUCAAUGAAUGUGAAGAUCCUAGUAAUCUUUGUGAUGGGGUUUGUACGAAUACCCUUGGUAGUUAUACGUGUAGUUGUGAAGAUGGGUACGUCGGAGAUGGCCUGAAAAAUGGACAUGGUUGUGCCAAGGAAAAUUCAGAAUUUCCUAUUAUUAAGUUCACUUUAGGUAUGGGGUUUGGUUUCUUGGCCGUUUUAGUAGCAACAACAUGGCUUUAUUUUGUCUUCAAGAAAAGAAACCUUGUGAAGCUCCGACAGAAAUUGUUCCAACAAAAUGGUGGUUUGCUACUCAAACAACGUUUUAUUACCGGCGAAGGCAGUGCCGAUUUAACAAUGGUCUUCACAGCACAAGAGUUAGAAAAAGCCACUAACAAUUACGCAGAAGACCGGAUCUUGGGCCGUGGUGGUUACGGGACUGUGUACAAAGGCAUUUUAACUGAUCAACGGGUCGUUGCAAUUAAGAAAUCACGAGUUAUGGAUGAAACCCAAAUUGAAUUAUUCAUCAACGAGGUGAUUAUAUUAACAGCAGUUCACCAUAGGAACGUCGUGAAGCUUUUGGGAUGUUGUUUAGAGACGGAGGUUCCAUUAUUGGUAUACGAGUAUGUAUCCAAUGGAACACUUUUUAAUCAUCUUCAAGGUAAAGGAACCAUGACUUGGUUAUCGUGGGAGAAUCGGUUAAGAAUAGCGGCCGAAGCUGCUGGUGCACUUUCAUAUCUUCAUUCGGCUACAUCUACCCCUGUUAUCCAUAGAGAUGUGAAAUCCGCAAACAUAUUAUUAGACGAUAACUACACCACAAAGAUCGCGGAUUUUGGUGCUUCAAGAUUAGUACCAUUAGAUCAAACACAAGUGACCACGCUUGUUCAAGGAACAUUAGGGUACUUAGAUCCCGAGUACUUUCAUACAAGUCAGUUAACCGAAAAGAGUGAUGUUUAUAGUUUUGGAGUGGUGCUUGCUGAGCUUCUUACCGGGAAAAAACCACUUUGUAUGAAACGAGGUGAAGCAGAACGAAAUUUAGCAACUUAUUUCAUUAAGUCGCUAAAAGAAAACUCUUUGUUUCAGAUUCUUGAACCUAGAGUUGUAAGGGAGGGUACCCUAGACCAACUGCAACAAAUUGCUGAGCUUGUGAAAAGAUGCCUUCACCUUUUAGGAGAUGAGCGACCAACGAUGAAAGAAGUAGCAACUAAACUUGAAGUGUUACGUAAGUAUACUCAACAUCCAUGGGCGAGUCCACAUAUUGAUGAAGAGAAUGCAAGCUUGUUAAACAGGGAGAACGAAGAAACCGACCUUUAUGCAGAAUCGAUAAAUGUGUGCACUAGUACUGGCGAAAUCUCUUCCGCUUUUAGCAUCGAUAAUGGUCUUGUAAUUCCUGAAAAUAUGCUCAGAUGAUAAGAUUUGUUAUUGUUUGUUCUCGGAUAUUCUAAAAGUGUGUUUGUAUGUGUAACUUAUCGUGAGUCGUUCAUUAGCUACUGUUUUGAAUGCUUAUAAAACUUGCUUAAU